CUGGUUUUAUGAAGUCACUUCGCAGGAAAAAAGAGGUAAAAAGAGGACAGGGAGCUUUACAGCGAUCAGCUCUUUCUUCUCUCUUUCUCUCUUUGCUUCAAAAUUCCACUUGGGGAAAAAGAGUUCUACUCAUCUACAUAUUACUCUUUUGCUUUGUCCCCGUCCUCCUUUUCGUCUCUCUUUCUCUGCCCUGAGAGAUCUACUGCGCCGGUGGAAUCUUAGCAGCUAAGUCAAGCCUUCCCAGUCUCCAAGAACAACGUGCCUUUGGUCUUUUUCUGAGCAUUAUGAUAAGGGAGCUGAGAAUCAUGCUUUUAAGGAUCUCUCGUGCUUCUGUUAUAGUUUUGAUGGUGAUUGUGGCUCUGCCUCUUUCCCACAGUUUUACAACCGACCAAGACGUUUUUGCUAUAAAUAGCUUAUAUGCUGCAUUGGGAUCACCUCCUCUUCCUGGAUGGAUUCCAAAUGGAGGUGAUCCUUGUAUAGAAGGUUGGCAGGGUAUCCAAUGUGUUGGUCCAAAUAUCUCAUCAGUAACAAUAAAUGGUGCAAAUUUGCGUGGUCAAUUAGGCAGUCAUUUGGAAAAUUUUUCUUCAAUAGUGACAAUAGAUUUCAGUAAUAAUUUUAUUGGUGGAACCAUACCAGAAAAUCUACCACUUACCUUGAAAGGAUUUUUUCUUUCAGCCAACCAAUUUACAGGGAACAUCCCAGCUUCCUUGUCAAAACUAACACUUCUUUCUGACAUGUCAGUUAAUGCCAAUAAUUUAAGUGGAGAAUUGCCCGAUGCAUUCCAGUCUCUCAUUGGUUUGAUAAAUCUGGAUCUCUCUGCUAAUAACAUAAGUGGUCAACUUCCUCCUUCAAUGAGAAGUUUGUCAUCAUUGACCACACUGCAUGUACAGGACAACAAGCUAUCUGGGACUCUUGAUGUUCUGCAAGAUCUUCCCCUUAAAAAUUUAAAUGUUGAAAAUAAUCUGUUCUCUGGACCCAUUCCAGAAAAAAUGCUCAGUAUUCCAAUUUUCAAAAAGGAUGGUAAUCCAUUCAAUACCACUGUUGCUCCAUCAUCAACGCCGGUGAUUCCACCAGCACCAUCGCCUUUUUCUGGGGCUCCUUCCCCGCAGAGUGUGGCAAGGAAUUCCUCUGAGGGUUCUUCUGCACCAAGAAGUGGUGAACCUGCACAACAUAAAAGCACCUCAGCCAUCAAAAUUGUUGGAUAUGUACUUGCAGGGGUGGUUUCAUUUAUUAUGAUUGUGCUAGCUGUCGUAUUUUGCUUAUCUAAGCUGCAAGAAAGAAGUUCAGAACGUGACGAACUUCCUGUAAGGCAACAGCGGAGGGCACCUCUGAGGACUGAGGAACCUAAAAGCAAUGAGCAAUCCACAGGGCAAAAUGAGCGCAUAAAGAAACCUCCACGACAGGCAUAUGUGGAACCAAAACAAGUACCUAAAAUUAGCAUGACUAGUGCAGUUCAAAAGGAAGAUUCAGAGAAGCAGAAGAAGUUAGAAAUUGAUAAAGUCGAUUCAGGAAUAUUUCAAAUGACACCGCUACUGCCUCCCCCUCCCCCUCCCCCUCCCCUGCCCUCAUCCCCUCCUGUUGAACAAGUCAUUGUAAAUCCUAUUUUUCCACCUGAAGAAAGUACAGCCACCAAACCUUCUGUCGCUGCUGAUACCCCAUCCCCAGUUACAUCUUAUUCUGUUGCAACACUACAGCAAUACACUAACAGCUUUAGAGAAGAAAAUGUGAUAAAAGAUAGUAGAUUGGGAAAGGUGUACUUGGGAGAGCUUCCAGAUGGGAAGCCACUGGCUGUUAUGAAGCUGGACAAUGCGAACUCCAAAAUACCAGUGGAUGAUUUUCUUGAACUAGUCCUGAGCAUCUCUGAGCUUCGACAUCCAAACAUUCUUGAGCUUGUGGGUUACUGUUCUGAACAUGGACUACGACUGCUAGUCUAUAACUACUUCAGUAAAAGAACCUUGCAUGAUAUACUGCAUGGCCAUGAUGAACUAAAAGGAAAGCUAUCAUGGAAUGCUCGUCUCAAAAUAGCCCUUGGGGCAGCAAGAGCUCUUGAAUAUCUUCACGAGUUUCAGCCACCCAUGUUUCAUCUGGAUUUUGAACCUAGCAAUGUUCUUGUGAAUGAUGAACUUGCAGUGCGAGUGGCAGAUUGUGGCCUAGCAUCUCUGUUAUCUUCUGAUUCUGUAACACAGUUAUCAGGUCGAAUGCGUGCAUUAUUGAACUACGAAGCCCCAGAAGUUCACGAAUCUGGAGCAUAUAGUGAACGGAGUGAUGUUUACAGCUUUGGAGUUGUCAUGUUGGAACUCCUUGCAGGCCGUGAACCCUAUGAUAGCUCCCUGCCUAGAGCGGAACAGCAUUUAGUUAGGUGGGCUAACUCUCAGUUACAUGACAUCGAUGCCUUGUCAAGAAUGGUGGAUCCUUCUAUUUGUGGGAAGUAUUCUGAGAAAUCGCUCUCUCGUUUUGCAGAUAUUAUCAGCCGCUGUAUUCAGCAAGGCCCGGAGUUCAGGCCACAGAUGUCUGAAGUCGUCCAUGACCUGGCCCGAAUGGUAGAUGAUAUAACACGAUCAAAUAAGGAUUUGCGAGGAGAUUCUUCGAGUAGAGUUUCCAAAUAAAGGCGAAAUGGAGUAGAACUCAUUGGUUGAUGAGGGUGAAAGACUGAUACAAGCUCAUCUGGUCUUUCAUUCAUGGAGUUUCUUUGGAGUCAUCUCCUGCUGAUGGAAUUGGAAUUGGAAUUGGAAUUUUGCUUUGGAAGCUACAUAAUAAUGGAAGUUAGCAUGCAUGCCAUGGAUUCUUCAACUAGAAAGCUAAGAGCUGCUGCUGGCAAUUAUUUUGUUAGUCUGCAUUAGAAAUAAUUGAUUUCUAUUAAUCCAUUAUUUUGAUGUAUGGAGAUAAAUGUGAUGUAUAAAGUUGAGAGAUAUUCUCUAGUUUGUUUAUUUUAUUUUUAAGAUGAAGUAUUUUUUGUUUGUUUCAUUAUCUAUAGAUGAUUAUCCUCUGCUUGCAUGUA